UGCAAAUCUGUGCCAAUGCUCGUCUUUAAAAUGCCUGGUUAGACUGGCAAACUGAAUGGUUGAAUCUGUGGUCAAAAUGGUUUCUUUUAAACUCAUUAUUUUGUUGUAUCUGUAUCAUUCAUGUAGUGAAGUGUUCUGUUCCCCAGUCGAACGUGAUUUGCAAGUGUCUGACCGGAGUGAUGCUGGGCAUGUACUACAAGAAAACAAAGGACAGACUGAACAUGAUGACAACUCAAACCAUUUUGAGAAGUCUAAUUCUGAAAUGGAGAAACCAAGUUUUAGGUCAUCUGGGGAGUCUACCUUUAAACCUGAGAAGCUGAAUGUUUUUGUGGAACCUAGUUUUUCCCUUCAAUCUGAGAAGUUCAGUUCUCUAUUCAGUUCUAAGACAAGUCCUCAUUUUCCUGAGAAAUCAAGUAUUUACUUCUCAAAGACUGGUUCUAAACCUGAGAAACCUAGUGCUCCCAUAGAAACCAAUUUCUCUCCAUCUGAGAAGUCUAUCCCUCAUUCUUCUGAGAAGCCAAGUUCUAAACUGGAGACCUCAAGUUCCCCUCUCCCAGUAAAAUCAAGUGUUUUCUUCUCAAAGCCCAAUUCUAAACCUGAGAAACCAAGUGCUCCCAUGGAACCCAUUUCCUCUCCAUCUGAGAAAUCUAGCUCUUUUCCUUUUGAGAAACUCAGUUCUAAUCCUGAGAAACCUAGUGCUCCCAUGGAACACGGUUCCUCUUCAUAUGAGCUGUCCAGUGUUAAACCUGAGACCUCAAGUUCUCUUCCAGUGAAAACAAGUAUUUUCUUCUCAAAGCCUGAGAAACCUAGUGUUGCUAUGGAACCCAGUUCGUCCCUCUCUUCUGAGAAACCCAGUUCUAAACCUGAGAAACCUAGUGCUCCCAUGGAACCCAGUUCUAAACUGGAGAAACCAACUGCUCCCAUGGAACCCAGCUCCUCUCCAUCUGACAAGUCUAGCUCUAGUCCUUCAGAGAAACCCAGUUCUAAACCUGAGAAACCUAGUGCUCCCAUGGAACCCAGUUCUAAACUGGAGAAACCAACUGCUCCCAUGGAACCCAGCUCCUCUCCAUCUGACAAGUCUAGCUCUAGUCCUUCAGAGAAACCCAGUUCUAAACCUGAGAAACCUAGUGCUCCCAUGGAACCCAGUUCUAAACUGGAGAAACCAACUGCUCCCAUGGAACCCAGCUCCUCUCCAUCUGACAAGUCUAGCUCUAGUCCUUCAGAGAAACCCAGUUCUAAACCUGAGAAACCUAGUGCUCCCAUGGAACCCAGUUCUAAACUGGAGAAACCAACUGCUCCCAUGGAACCCAGCUCCUCUCCAUCUGACAAGUCUAGCUCUAGUCCUUCAGAGAAACCCAGUUCUAAACCUGAGAAACCUACCAAGUUCUAA